AGAAGAGCACAUCCGUAAACGCGCAGAACUGAUGCGCAGUUGUACGAGCGAAAUUCCAAAACACAGCAACUUGUCAAAAACAUUUUGUACACAUUUCUCAGUUAAUUCAAGUUUCUCAGGGGAGUUGUAUGGCCGGAGUUAAUCGUAUGAGCAUGAUGGAAUCAGUACACUUAGCCGGAGAAGACGAGGAAGACAUUUAUGGUGGCUUCAAUGACUACAAUGCCACACUUGACACAGAUGACCUUGCAAAUGAUCCUAAUUUCCAGAAAGCAGUAUUAAGAACAAGCCAUGGAAGACGACCACCUCCUACUGGUUUCCGAGGCCCAGGAGGUGGAGCACCUAUGCUAGGAGGUGCCCGUAUGGGUACAGCAAUGCGUGGGGGUCGAGCUGGCCCUUCCUCCAUGGGACGGCCCAUCACAGGGGCUGCAGCAGGGCAGGAUUCACAGGCUAGACCCAUGACAGCUGUCAGAGCCGCUGGUUACACUGCUGUAGGCAAGAGAGGCCCAGCUGGGUUUGAUCCGAUGAGCCAGGCUGGACCUGCUCCACCCCUUGAACCAAAGCCAGAAGACAGUCCCGAGGAGAAGAUUCGGCAGUUGGAGAAGAAGGUGAAUGAGCUGAUAGAGGAGAGCUGCUUCGCCAACAGCCGCGGGGAACUUAGUCUGGCCCUAGAAAAGGCAAAGGAGGCCGGGCGGAAGGAGCGGGUGCUGGUAAGACAGCGGGAACAGAUGUCCAUGGGAGACCAGAUCAACCUUGACCUUACUUACUCUGUGUUGUUUAACCUGGCAAACCAGUAUGCUGCCAAUGAGAUGUACAACGAGGCACUGAACACAUACCAGGUCAUCGUAAAAAACAAAAUGUUUAAUAAUGCAGGUCGUUUGAAGGUUAACAUGGGGAACAUCUACUUCAAGCAGAAGAAUUACCCCAAGGCCAUCAAGAUGUACCGCAUGUCCCUUGACCAGGUCCCUAACUCUCACAAGGAGAUGAGGACCAAAAUAAUGCAGAAUAUUGGUAUCGUGUUUGUGAAGAUGGGCCAGUACACUGACGCCAUCACAUCGUUUGAGCACAUCAUGUCGGAAGCCCCGAGCUUCAAGACUGGCUUCAACCUGAUCUUGUGUUACUUUGCGCUGGGAGAUCGAGAGAAGAUGAAGAGGGCGUUCCAGAAACUGCUGACUGUGGAUCUGAAACUGGAUGACGAGGAUAAAUACCUGCCACAUGGGGAUGAGAAACUCAAUCAGGAAGACAAGCAGUACAACCUCGUCCUGGAGAUGAUCAAGAACGACUCCCUGAGACAGAUAGAGCGGGAACGGAAGUAUGAGGCAGACAAUUGCAUCAAGACAGGUGCAAAGAUCAUCUCCCCUGCAAUAGAGGAGAGCUUUGACGCUGGAUAUGACUGGUGUGUUGACCAGGUGAAGAACUCCCAGUACAUUGACCUCGCACACGACCUUGAGAUCGAUAAGGCCAUCAUGUUCCUAAAACAGAAAGACUUCAACCAGGCAAUUGAGACCCUGAAAUCAUUUGAGAAGAAGGACUCCAAGGUUGCAUGUACGGCCGCCACCAACCUCAGCUUCCUCUACUUCCUGGAGAAUGACAUGGGUCAGGCUGACAAGUAUGCUGAGGUUGCCAUGACAGCAGACAGAUACAAUCCCUACGCAUUGGUGAACAAAGGGAAUGUGUUGUUUACGAAGGGAGACUAUGAGAAGGCGCGGGAAUUCUACAGAGAAGCCCUGCAGAACGACUCCUCGUGUGUCGAGGCUCUCUACAACCUGGGGUUGACAAACAAGCGUAUUGGGCGGCUGGAGGAUGCCUUGGACGCCUUCUACAAGCUUCAUGCCAUCAUGCGCAACUCCCCACAGGUCAUUUUCCAGAUAGCAGACACACAUGAUAAGCUGGAAGAUUCAGCUCAGGCAACUGAAUGGUUUAUGCAGCUAAUAGGUGUGGUGCCUACUGACUGUUCUGUGCUGUCUCGGAUGGGAGAGAUUUACGACAAUGAUGGGGACAAGUCCCAGGCAUUCCAGUACUAUUAUGAUUCUUACAGAUAUUUCCCCUCCCACAUACCUGUGAUAGAGUGGCUUGGGGCUUACUACAUAGACUCCAAAUUCUGUGAAAAAGCUAUACACUACUUCGAAAGAGCUAGUAUAGUACAACCAAACCAGGUAAAAUGGCAUUUGAUGAUAGCGAGCUGUCACCGACGCAGUGGUAACUACCAACAAGCUCUGGAGACAUACAAGUUCAUCCACCGAAAGUUCCCAGACAACGUUGAAUGCCUUAAGUUUCUGGUGCGUAUCUGUUCUGACCUGGGCUUGAAGGAGGCACAGGAGUAUGCCACUAAGCUGAAGAAAGCUGAGAAAGCCAAGGAGCUCAAGGACCAGAGGGCGACCAGUGCGUCUCGACGAGGAUCUGGGCGGCGACGGGAGGGCAGUGCUGAAGGAGACCGUGAGGGCAGUGCUGGUAUGCGAGGGAAGAGGGGUGGUCCGGCAGGUGGGAUGGCGGCCCGGAGAAGGCCCAAUCUGGACGAAGCUGAUGAGGAGACAUACCAGCCACGCAAACAGGAAGUGGACCCCUCGUACUCUGACCCUCUUGGGCCCCAGAUGGAACGCCCAAAAACUGCAGCCAAGCGACGAGACCUGGACGAUGAGUUUGCAGAUGAAGAGUUGGGAGAAGAUUUGCUUCCUGAGUAGAUGAAGCCAAUAAUUGUGUUAUGAUUAAAAUUAGGUUGUGUGUUUUGCCAGAUCAUCUUUGAUAUGUGUCAAGUGACAUCGUUGCAAGCCCAUCUUGCAAAAAACAAAUCGUUUACUUAUGUUAUAGACUCCCUUGAUGUUAUAAAAAUCUAUAUCUAUAAACAAAAAAAACAAACAAUUCUAGAGUCAUUUACUGAGGUCUGUGCUUUUAUUUAUGAAUAAUUAUGUUAUUUAUUACAUUCCGUCCAUUUUGUCAUUUAUUCAACCUGUGAUUAUUAUGUUUUUGCAUCUGACAGAAUAUACUAGAAUACUUA